GCCGCGGCGGGGCUCGGCUGUGGGCUGGUCCCGGUCGUCAUCGCGGCUCAUGUUUAAUUCACGAGGAGGCAGCGGCCUCGGAAAAACUGGCUGCUGCUGGUUUCCAGGCAUAAAUACAAAGCGUAGCCGGUCUGAGGGAGAAGCGGCACAAAGGGACGCGGAACGGAGCAGUCUUUGCUUUCAAACUGAAGACUAAGAGAGUCAGACUCCAUCGAAGAGAAGCUUGGACGGCAUGCAAAGUUGUGAAAUUUCCUCAGACAGCACUGAUGAUCCUCUUUGUAGUGGCCCACACCCUCAUCGACAGCCUCGAAUAGUAGUGAUUGGUGCCGGCUUGGCUGGCCUUGCUGCAACUAAGUUCCUACUGGAAAACGGCUUCACAGAUGUCACGGUCCUAGAGGCAUCAGACCGCAUCGGUGGGAGAGUUCAGAGUGUUCAUCACGGAGGAACAACCUUGGAACUAGGAGCUACCUGGAUCCAUGGUGCCAACGGUAACCCGGUGUAUCACCUGGCAGAGGAAAAUGGACUGCUGGAGCACACCACAGACGGAGAAAGGAGCGUCGGCCGCAUCAGCCUGUACGCCAAGAACGGCGUGGCUCACUACCAGACCAACGGGGGCAAAAGGAUUCCCAAGGACCUGGUGGAGGAGUUCAGUGAUCUGUACAACGAGGUGUACGAGCUGACUCAAGAGUUCUUCCAAAAUGGGAAGCCGGUUUGUGCUGAGAGCCAGAACAGCGUUGGCGUUUUUACUCGAGAUGUGGUGCGCAAGAAGAUCACGGUGGAUCCAGAUGACUCUGAGAUUAUCAAGAAGCUCAAGCUGUCAAUGCUUCAACAGUACCUCAAGGUGGAAAGCUGUGAAAGCAGCUCUCCCAGCAUGGAUGAAGUAUCUCUGAGUGAGUUUGGAGAGUGGACAGAGAUCCCUGGUGCACAUUAUGUCAUUCCUGAAGGUUUCAUGAAGAUCGUGGAGCUCCUGGCCCAAGACAUCCCAUCCCAUACCAUCUGUCUUGGCAAACCAGUGCGCCACAUUCACUGGAACUACUCAGCCCAGCAUCAGGAGGUCAUUGCCAAGAAUAGCGACAGCAACCACAAUGAUAACAACUACGGCCGCCAACCUCGAGAGGAGCCCUUCAGCUUGGGCCGUCCUGUUUGUGUGGAGUGUGAAGAUGAGGAGUGGAUCACGGCUGACCAUGUGAUAGUAACGGCAUCCCUCGGUGUGCUGAAGCAGAACCACGAGGCCAUGUUUUUCCCAUCUCUUCCAGAGGACAAAGUGUUGGCCAUCGAGAAGCUGGGCAUCAGCACCACCAACAAGAUAUUCUUAGAGUUUGAAGAGCCCUUCUGGAGUCCAGAAUGCAACAGCAUCCAGUUUGUGUGGGAGGAUGAAGCUCAGCUUGAGCAGCUGGCAUACCCCGAGGAGCUGUGGUACAAAAAGAUCUGCAGCUUUGAUGUCCUCUACCCACCUGAGCGCUACGGCUACAUGCUGAGUGGCUGGAUCUGUGGGCAGGAGGCGCUGUACAUGGAGCGCUGCGAUGACGAAACCGUGGCUGAAACCUGCACUGAGCUGCUGCGGCGUUUUACAGGGAACCCUGACAUUCCGAAGCCCCGCCAUGUCCUGCGUUCGUCAUGGGGCAGUAACCCGUACAUCCGAGGCUCCUACUCCUUCACCAGGGUUGGGUCCAGUGGUGCAGACUGUGAGAGGCUGUCAAUGCCGCUGCCUUAUGCCAACAGCACCAAGGCUCCUCCCCUGCAGGUCCUGUUUGCUGGAGAGGCCACUCAUAGAAAAUACUAUUCCACAACGCAUGGUGCUUUGCUAUCAGGACAGAGAGAGGCCACGCGACUGAUAGACAUGUACCAGGACUUGCACAAAGCCGAAACCACAAAGCCUACCAUAUAACAUAGAACCCAAAACCUCUGACCUGUGAAAAUAUUAAAAAUGAAACAUUGAGUUAAUGCUUUCUGUCAUUAUGAUUAAUUUAUACCCAAGUAAAGCAUAGCCUUCAUUAUACUGAUAAUCAAGUUUUGUUUCUGACAUGCUGUAGAUCAGGAAUUAUGCUAAUUUGUUUUUUUUAAAUGAGCUUCUAAAUUUGCCAACGGUGCUAUUAUUUCAUGUCUAUUUCAUUUGUCUUUAUAUUUUUUUUUAUAAAUCAGUAAAUUCAUGUUCAUAAAAGCAGCAUCUGUAAUUUCCCUUGUUUUUUAAGUGCCUUCUUUAUGUAAGUCAAUGUUAGUUAAAAUGAUGAAAAUGUUAAAGAGAAAUAACACAAGCUGAGAACAUUUCAAAAAAAUAAACAAUAAACGUUUGAUCUACAAAUCAUA